AUGUCGCAGUUCUCACAGAACCGCUCCUUCGCCGAGGGCUCCAACUACAGCUACCCUAGCAUGCUCAAUCCGGGAGCCUUAUCAUUCAACCCCAUCGCCACCCAGCCUAGCCUUCUCCGCCCGUCCGCUCCAGCAUUCGUGGUACCUACCGCCAACAUGAUCCCUGCCUCCGCGACCCCAACCUUCCAGGCAUUCUUCCCGGUCGAGCACGAGAGCAACAUCAGUGGUUAUUACGAUGCUUACGUUGUGGGCGGCUACAGUGAUCUCGAGCGCGACUUUGACGUGUACAGGACCUUUCCGGCCAUGACACCGGAUUCGAUGUGGCGCCCACCUGGAGGUUCACAGAGCUCAAACGAGUUACACAGGGGUCGAUAUGAGCUCGCCGCGGCUGAUCAUGACAGCGAAGUCGACGGGUAUUACGAGAUUGAUGAAGAGUUACAGCCGCCCACGAACAACGACGCCAUCCAACAUGCGUCACCGGAGUUGGACGAGGUAGACGAGGACGUCAGUCUUUCGAACAAGCUGAGGAAAGCGAGCCUUGUGAUCAAGAAACAGGCGAAUGAGAAGACCCUGGCAAAGAGGCUAGGACAGAACAUUCUUGUCGGUCACAGGGGCCCCCGAGUAUACUUUGAGGGUGUGUACUGGAAGACCCCGGAGAACGACCGAACCAUCCCCACCACCGAUGACGAGAAAUAUACAUGCGUUAAGAGCAUCGUGGCCGCAUUCCGCAACAAUGAGGGUUGCAAAGAGGUCUCUACCCGCCCGGUAUUCCGCAACCGCUGGGGUGCCGAUGCCACUCAUUACACCAAGGAAGAGCUGGAGAACGCAGCUUGGGAUAUCAUCGACGCCAUGAUCCACAUCCACACUGUGGGCUGGACAAAGAAGCUGCUUGACCAGAAGCUCCGUGACCAGGUUCAGAAGACAAUGUACUGCACCUUCGAAGACCGCUUCAAUGGUCUGGUCAAGCUCCUCACCAACUCAAAGCGUACUUGCGAAGAUCUGCUCAAGUCCGAGCGCUUCUACACUACCAUUGGCAACCCAUUCGAGCUGGAGAUGCGCACGUCGAGCAACAAGAACUCAAACAAGCGCAAGGGCACUAUGCUCAAGCGCAACGUGGCAGAGAUGAAGGACGAGGAGGGCGGCGAGGGCGGCGAGGGCGGCGAGGGCGGCGAGGACGUGGUUCACGCUCUCAAGGCCAAGCGGGCCAAGAAGGCUCACGUUUGA